CAGGCGACGGUGACGAAGAAAAAGUUUGAUCAGAAGUGUUUUCGGUUCGGAUGUCGCUGCGAGAGUGCUUGUGAUUUUCGCGAAAAAAUGUUUUGAAAAUAUAAAAUUCCUAGAAAAACUAUCGGGAAAGUGUACGCUGAUGCAUGCUGUCGGUGUGGAAUCUGGAUUUUCCCAGAAAAAUGCGACCACAAUGGAAUACGGAAUGUUUUCAAUGGUGCGGGCGCCAAGCAUCCUGAUUUGGCGAAAAUAGUGGUUUUUAUUGCGAACAAUCUGGGAAAAAGAGUGAAAAGUUUGAAGAAAAGUGCAAGCAGAGUGACAACGUCGUGAUUUUGAGUGAAACAGUUUUGAAAAUAGUUUCACUUUUACAGCUGGUUUUAUUCUGUACUUGUUAACAUAAGAAAAACAAUACUUAAACACAUCAACAGCUUAAAAAGAGAAUAAGCGUAAAACAGUCGAAAACAUGUUCUACGCUCACAUUGUGCUGGCCAAAAAGGGCCCGUUGGCCCGAAUUUGGUUGGCAGCCCAUUGGGAUAAAAAGAUUACCAAGGCGCACGUCUUCGAAACAAACAUCGAGCAGUCCGUCGAUGGCAUCAUGCAGCCCAAGGUCAAGCUGGCCCUGCGUACUUCCGGGCAUCUGCUGCUCGGAGUCGUGCGGAUCUAUGCCCGUAAGGCUAAGUAUCUGCUGGCCGAUUGUAACGAAGCGUUCGUCAAGAUUAAGAUGGCUUUUCGUCCGGGAAUGGUCGAUCUUCCGGAGGAGCAUCGGGAAGCUGCGGUCAACGCAAUUACGCUUCCGGAGGUGUUUCACGAUUUCGACACACCGCUACCCGAGUUGAACGACGUGGACAUUGAGGCCCACUUCUCGAUCAACCAGUCGCGAGCCGAUGAGAUUACCAUGCGUGAAGAUUAUGGUACCCUCCCGAUGAACAUUCACGACGAUGGCUUCGGUGACAUGGGAUUCGACGAUACGCCGGACAUAGUCCGUGAUCGAAUCGAAGAACCAAUGGAGGGCCUGGAGGCGGAGUAUGUGGGGUCCUUGGAAGUCCAGGCGGAUACGACAGCGGUGGCGGCAAAUGGUAGCGCGGAGGAAGACGCACCCGGCAGCGGAACCACCGAUGGCAAAGAUAAACCGCCCAUCGAUAAAAAGGGCCUUCGGGCUCGCGCCAAAAGCUUGUACGAAGAGCUGAGCGAGCAGCCACCGCAGGAUACCCGGUGGAACGAGUAUCUUGAUGAUCUAUUCACGGAUCCCGUAGCGCCGCCACCGGAUCUCGAGCAAGAAAAAGAACCCCUCCCUGGUACGUCUCGUUCGGUGUUGGAUUCCUUCGAUCCGCACCAUCCUCACGAUGUGGACAACGACGGCUUCGGCGACGAAGGCGGCUUCGGAGCGGAACCAGCUGCUGGAUUGUUUGAGGGGGACAUCUUUGCUGACGCUCCGUUGGCUCCGGAACCGGAGCUUCCGGCUGCUCCAGCGCAGGUACAGAAUGGCGCCGCCGAGGAGGAAACAGAUGACGAUGAUGAUGAUCAUUUUGACGUUGGAGGCGCUCCGUCGCCGGCGCCCAGUUCAGACAACUCACGGCCACCUUCGCCUAUCAUGACGCAACAGCUGUUGGAGGAUUUGCAGCAACCGGGAACUAGUCAGGAUGGUAUGCCGAAGGCGGCAACUGUAAGUCAAGAGAUGCCAGACGAAGUACCUGCAAGUGCUGUUGUGCCGGAACCACCUCAGGAAGAACCUCAUGUGCGGCCUGAAGCGGAAGAUGAGCCAAUGGGUGGUGAAGGUGGUGCAGAUGAAGCUAAUGUGGAGCAGACAACUCUGUUGCACAACGAAGAGGAGAGUUUUGCAUUGGCUCCCGUGGAUGCAUCUGCGCUAAAGGGCGUUACCAAGAGUAAACGUAAGCGAAAACUUAUUGUCGAUGAGGUGAAGAAUAUUAGCGGCGAAGAGAUGAAGAGUCAGUUAGCGAACACGACUGAUAUCGUAACCACAUUAGACUUGGCGCCUCCGACCAAGCGGUUGAUGUACUGGAAGGAGACAGGCGGAGUAGAGAAACUAUUUGCUUUGCCAGCUCGAGAUAUUCCCGCGCGGUGUAUGUUCAAGAACUAUCAGCGGCAUCUGACGUCACGAUCGAUUGGUGUGGAAGAAUUCGAUGUGUUGGGACCUUUGGAAGUUUUAGGUGUUGAGCCGCAACAACCUGAACGACCUGAAUCUCCGGUGACCCAGCGCCGUGGAAGGAAACGAAGAGGAAACCAAGAGCUAUUGCCUCCAGAGACACCGAUGACUCCCGCCACACCCGCAACUCCCGCACAUUUGGAUCAGACAUCGGUGGAUCAAGUGCGAGAUGCCGUCGAAAUGCCACCUCCAACACCAGUGUCCAUGGAUCUCCGGGAUCAGGAAAUGUGUCAGAGCUUCCACCCUGACAUGCCACCUCCUGCCACUCCUGGUCUUAGUAACAUCGGUAGCCCGCAGACGUCCCUCAAUUUGGGUAUGCAAACCCCACAGAUGAUGCCUCCAACGCCCGGAAUGCCGAGCAUACCGAUGACGCCUGGAAAUUUGGUACACGGUGGCCUCACGCCUGCUGGUUUGGCACACGGUGGACUCACACCUGUUGGACUAGCUCACGGUGGCCUCACCCCUGCUGGACUAGCUCAUGGCGGAUUGACACCUGCCGGACUUGUACAUGGUGGUCUUACUCCUGGAGAUCUGAAUCAUGGCGGUAUGACUCCAGCCGGUUUGCAGCACGGCAGUUCUGGCCAGGUUAUGCCUGAACUACCAGGUGCUAUGACCCCGCACGGUUUGGAUCAUGGAGGCAUGACACCCCAUCAUGCCAGUCUUGAGAAUAUCGAUCAGAUUCCCAACCUACCGGCUGACCAGGUUUCCUCUAUACUGAAUGAACCGGGUAUGGAGAACUUCUCCAACUUAGGCUAUGAUGGACACACAGCUUCUCCGGCUCGUGAACCUCUCCACGAAGAAGUACCGAACGAGUGGAAUCAAGAAUACGAGUUCCCACAUUCAGUUGGCGGGCAACAAGUCAGUGAAGAACAACAGGUAGACGAAACCAUCGAACAGUUCGAGGAGAGAGUGCUCAACAAACGUGCCGCUCAGCUGUUCAUUUCGGUGCGAUCGCGCCUUCUGAAGACCGACAGCAUGGUAUUGUCGGAAAUGACACAUCGAAAUGAUAAAAAACAGGCCGCCCAAAAGUUCUACUCCCUGUUGGUGUUGAAAAAGUUCAAAGCCCUCGAGAUCACUCAGCCGAAACCGUACGACGACAUCACAAUCACGCGGGGGCCUCUGUUCGAGAAUCCGAUACUGUAAGGAGAGAGAUCGUUAUUUUUUAUUUUUAUUAAUUUGUUAGGUCGAAGCAGAAACUGAGGAGAGUAAGUCGAUAAGUUUAAAACAAAUCCUCUUCAUUAGUCGGUUAAGCGUAAACUGAAGAUGCUUGUGCAUUUUUAAUUUUUUUUAGUCGAAACUAUUUAGCAGUUAUAUUUGAGAUGAACAUUGUGAAUUACAAAUGAAAAUUUCUUAUCACUCAAUAUGUAAAUAUUUGUCAUAAGACAACUGGGCACAACUCAUUUCCGGUAGGAACAUUGACAGAUUGGUUUAUUUCUUAGAUUUAGAUUGGAAUCCAGCAAUCUGCCGAUAUCAGGGGAUGUGUCGAUUGUUUUUAUAUGUUAUUGUGUCGAAAAAAGUAGCUGCAUAAUUUAUGUUUGCUUGAUUCGCUGCACGAGAUAUGAAUAUGAGUAGAGAGGGUGAGGUAUGUUUAAAAAUAUGUAAAUAAUAGUUUGAUAGGUUUGAUUGAUGUACUACAAACUAACCGCCGUGGUAAAACAAGAGUGUCGCGAAAUCAGUUGUCAUGUUUGUCUGUUUUCACUGACCAACGUGGGAUCUGGGAAGCGCGUUCAUCGUUGAAAGCACCAAAUUUUCCUCAUAUAAGUCAUGAAAAAAGUAUCAAAACAAACAGUAAUUCGUACUGUUUACCUUGUUUAUUUUAUUUAUCACUGAAAUAUGAGGCACCACCGCUUGCGAUAGUGUCUUUACGAAGGACCUGAUCUGGUAUGUCGUUAUUAUUAAAUUUUCGGAGAUGGUAAUAUAAAAUUCGGAAUCAGCACUUAGAGAUCAUUGGAAGUAUAAUUUAUGAAUCUAUGACAAAAAUGAUACUAAAACUGUAAAAAAUAUCAAGUUGAAAUAAAGUCAAUCUUUCAAAAAUA